AAACAAUCAGAAUUUCGUGAUGGCGGAGGGCACAUCUGAUGCAGGAGAAGUGGCAGGAGGAAGCUGCUUGCCAUUAUCCGCAGAGAUCAUGGAGGCGGGCAAGCAUGUGAUUCUGCGAGAUCUGAGGGGCGUCGACUACAUCAAGAAGGUCCAAAGGGGCAGGUGAGGCGCACACAAGCGACAUUUAUCGAAAACAGGCGACUGCAUUCAUUACUUCAUUGUGUGUGUGUGUGUGUGUGUGUGUGUUGCAGGGACGAGCGGAUAGGCAAGUAUAAGUUCCCAUUGGGUCUGCUGAUCGGUCAGCCCUACGGCAGCACAUUCAGGGAGGAGGGCGGCAAGUGGAAGGGAGCCGCCAAAAUCACACUCGGCACCAUCGACGGUAUCUAUCGUUCAGCACCGCACAACCGCACACCACACGCCCUCGCCAAACACACAAUGUGUCUACGACAAUGCCUUUCUCUCUGUGUGGGUGUGUCCAGAUGACGGUCAGGGAGAGGGAGAGGGCGAAGAGGAGGAUGCGGCAGCGGACGAUGGCGAUGGGGAUGGCGAUGGAGAUAUGGAGCAGCCAGAGCCUGCUGUCGGUGGGGCUGGGCUGCAGCGGACCAAUCAGUAUCUGCAGGACGACAACACGGCGCAGGCACUCACCCAGGACGACAUACACAGGAUGAAACAAGAAGGUCAGCCAGCCAGCCAGCCGCUGUGUUGCUGCGGGUGAUGCGUGGGUGAGCGGAUGUGUGUUGUCGUGCCCCUCUCUGUUGGUAAUGCAUUCGCACUGGCAGGCAAGAGUGCAGACGAGCUGAUUGCCGCCCUCAAGGCGCAUUCCUCUACCUUUGCGGGCAAGACGGCCUUCUCGCAGCAGAAAUGGCUCGUCAAAAAACAGAAAAAGUGAGUGGGGUGGAUGACACCACACCACACACACAUACCCACUGACUGAGACGGGAGAGAGGUCGUGUGUGUCUUCCUGUGCUGUAUGUAUGUCAUGUGUGCUGUGUGUGCUGCAGGUACGUGAAGCAGCUGACUGCGAUGCGGCCUGGGAUACUGGAGCUGUGCGAACUCUACGCACAGAUCGACCCUGCAAAGAUAUGGUGGGUAGCGCCCCGCACACACGCAUCAACACUUUUUACUGUGUUAACUCACAUGUGUGUGUGUGUGUGUGUGUGUUGCAGUGGUCUGCGUGUGGACUAUGUGGGUGCCAUUGUGACGUUGGGGAACGUGUCGAGCGGCCGUCGCGUGAUCGUGUGCGACCAGUCGAUGGGCCUCAUCACAGCAGCCAUCGCACAGCAAAUGGCAGGUGGGAUGGGUGGGUAUCGCACAGCAAAUGGCAGGUGGGAUGGGUGGGUGGGUGUGUUGAUUCUGUCCGUCCGCCACGUCACGUCCAUGCCAUCCAUCCACCGAUCAGAUCACGACACUGGAGCUGUGUGGUGUGGCGUGUGGCGUGCAGGUGAUGGUGUGCUGUAUCGGGUGACCCGUCGUGGUGUGAGUGACAAGAUCGUGCACGAGCUGGACACGCCCACACAGCAUAGACAGAUCGUCACUGAUGUCCCCUCGGAGAUCGUAAGGAACCGAUCCCACACACACCACACGGACACCCUCACACGACACACGGAGAUACACUCGUGUGUGUCUGUGUCUGUGUGUGUGUGUGUGUCUGUGUCUGUGUUGGCAUCUAUGUUAUCAGCUGACGAGUGCCAGCCCCUGGGAAGAGCCGUGGCUGAAGCAGACUGCCGCCACCCCACACACGGCAACACAGCAGGGAACAGAAGCAGCAGCACCACCACCACCAGCAGCAGCAGCAGCAGCAGCAGGGCCAGAGAGAGAAGAACCAGACAAGGACACCACACAGGCGGCCGACGCCCAAACCACUGAACAGGGUAUGCAAGCUAGCCCACACUCACACCCUCCAGACAACAAACCUCCCUCCCUCCCUCCCCCCCUCCCUCCUUCUCGGUCGGUCAAUCACAGGCGACAAAGCGGCAAGCAGCCGAUCUCGUGGCCGCAAGCGGAAAGCCCCGCCAACGAGCAGACCGUCGGAUGAUGAUCCCGGCAGCACCACACCAGCACCGCCGGCAUCUGACGUGCGGAGGGAGCGGCGGAUCGCCAUCUUCAAACGGCUGGAGAACGAGGGCGUGCAGAGGUGGGUGAGAUGACGUGUGAGCGCAUCUAUGCCGCCGCAUUACGUGUGAGUGUGUGUGGGUGGGUGGGUGGGACAUGCAUGUCAGUGUGGUUGGUGUGCUGGCUGGCCCGCCGAAGGGUGAUCCCGCUGCCAUGUCUGGCGAGAUGAUGACUCUCGCCGACCGAUACCUCAAACCUGGUGAGGAAGCUGAACCGAACCGAGCAGCUGAGCUAGCCGUGUGUGGUGGUCACUUCACUUACACUCUCCCUGUCUUUCCCAUGCAGACGGUCGCUUUGUCCUCUACUGCCAAUACGCGCAGGUGCGGCAGCCAUACAGUACAGCCAGGCCCCCCCCGCACAAACACACCGCACCGUGCUGUGUUGUGUUGUGUUGUGUGGUGCCACCUUUCAUGCCCCUCCCCUCUCUGUCUGUCUGGGUGUGUGUGUGCGUGGUAUCCGUCCACCCCCAUCAGCCGUUGACAUCGCUGCAGGCGGCACUGCACCGGUCCCCCUCGUUCAUCCAUGUGCGGGUGGAGCAGCUCUUCCUGCGCGAGUGGCAGGUGCUGCCCGGCCGCACACACCCGCUCAUGGCCAGCGACAUGCGCCUCCUCGGCGGCUUCAUCCUCUCGGCUAUCAAGGUCCUUGACGGCUAGCUGAUAUGAUGUGUGUGUAUGGGUGUGUCUGUGGCGAUCUUGGCGUGCAGUGUUCUGUGUCUUUCCCUUGCCGUUCUCGAUGGUUGCUCUGCCCACUGCUCACAUGUCUGCGUGGGAGCAGUGAGCUGUAGCGAUGGUCGGGAACUCAGUGGCCGAGACACGAGACGGCAUGUCGGUGUGUGAACGGACGAAUUGGGCGAUGGGUGCACUGCACGGUGCAUGGUGGAUCAUUGGCGAUGCGCCUAUGCAUUGCAUUGUACAGUCAACCAGCUUGGCCGCACAGAAAGACACUGUGUUUGCGUGUCUCCGUCUGUACGUGUGUGUCGGUCUAGCUAUGUAUGAGUCACG